UCUUGUACGCGUUCCAAAAUAGAACGGACCGCCUCCGUUCUAAACGUCACGAAAUAGGCGGUUCGCAGUGUUCGCGAGAACGAGAGGAAGCAAACAGCCAAUGAGCGAAGUGGAAGCCUGCGUCACGCUUUUGACGUCUGCUUGGGGACCGUAUAAUAUAUUGAGAAGCGUUUGCAACAUGUUGAGAAAUAUUUUGCUAUUAUGAGUGAGUAGCAAAAUGUGUUGGUGUUGCUUUUCAAAGAUUCAAUUUGGAAUGGAAAACGACUGAAACAAAAUAUUGCGGUUAAUGUCUUCAAAUGGCGCUAGGUGGUGUCGCAGUUUUGCGAAACGUUUAGUGAUGGCGCUAGCCACCACCCCGUUUCAAGCACACGGCGCGAAUUUUGAAGCGGUUGGUUCAGUCGUUCAGUCGAGCACUGGAAGCCAUGGCGCUAAACGUGACAGCACCGGUGAAGGGGCCACGUGUGUCGGAGGGGCAGAGAGAGACGGUGGUCGCCUUCAUGGAAGCGCAUCCCCAGCUGGCUAUAAGAUCCAGCGAGCUGGGGCCGCGCUUCACUGCUGGCGACCGCCGACGGCUGUGGCAGCAGCUAGCGGACCAGCUCAACACUCAAGGCCCCGUUGUGAAAACCACUGAGCAGUGGCAAGAGUGGUGGCGGAAGCAGGUGUUCGAGGCCCGCCGCAACGCUGCCGCACUUGCCCAAGAACAAAGAAGCACAGGAGGGGGGCGGCUCCAUGGCUUUCAUGGCCGAGUCCUGGAGCUCACCGGGACGGUCCGCCUCCACGGUGUGACCGACCUCCCCUACCAAGAGCAGGCUGACGUCCCCACCUGCGCGAUGGAAGUCGUCGUGCAAGGCGAGGCUGCGGGCGUGAGCACAGCGACACCGGCAGAGGAUCCACCGCGCGGCGCGGCGCCUGCCGAAAGGGUGGCCGCUGCACCUGUGUUGCAGCACCCUGUUCGGCCACCACGUCGACAGCGACCGCGACGGGUGGAUACCCUGACGACGAUGUCGUCGCAGUGCGCCCGCAGCCUGGAACAGGGCGACGAGGUGCUGCAGGUGCUGCGCAGAAUCGAGGCCUCCACGACCCGCCUCGCUGUCGCGGCAGAGCGGACGGCAGCAGCCCAGGAGGGGAUCCUGGAGCAGGUGCGCGCCAUAGCGCAGGACAUCACUGAGCACCUGCAGCAAGCAAGACAUUAA